UGCCUGCAGGAUUCUCCUCCUGCCCUCCUGAGAGCUUCCAGUGCCAAGAGGGGGGCCAGGUGCCAAUGUGCCUCCACCAAGAGAGGCACCCCGGAUGCCAAGACCACACAAACAGCUGCGCAAGCGUCUGCAGGAAUCACACUUGUCGUUGCGGCCACAACACCGGGCCCUGCCUGCCCUUUGAGCAGUUUUGUGACCAGCGCCAGGAUUGCCCCGAUGGCUCGGACGAGGCCGUGUCCCUUUGCUCAUCCCGGGGGGCCCCGUCCGAGGACGAUGGCUGCGAAAGCGACGAGUUCCGAUGCCGCCCAGGGGCCGAGUGCUUCCCGCUGUCUUUCAAGUGCGACGGCCACCCGGACUGUGAAGACGGAGCCGAUGAAGAGAGCUGCGGCACGGAUUCGCCCGAGACUCCAAGGACCACGCAGAUAACCCCAAAAG